AUGGCCGUCUUCGAAAUGCACGGCGUUGUGGUGGCGGCGGCAUUGUUGCUGGCGUAUCCCCUAUGCAAGAUCAUCUACAACUUGUACUUUCACCCGCUGGCGAAGAUCCCCGGUCCUCGGACAUGGGCAGCUACACGUCUCCCCUAUAUUCGAGCCCUCAUCCGGGGAACGAUAGUACACGACUUUGAAAGGCUUCAUCAGAAAUAUGGGCCGGUUAUACGUACUGCGCCGGAUGAAGUCACCUUUGCGCAUGGAGAGGCAUACAAUGAUAUCUUUCGAGUCCGUCAGGGGCAUAAACAAUUCCUCAAGGACCCCAUCUGGUGGGCACGGCAGGACGGCCAGCCUGAUUCGAUUCUGAGUGCAAUGAGCCCGGAAAACCAUGCUCGCAUACGAAAGAUACUGGCUCCCGGCUUCACUACACGUGCUCUAAAGGCCCAGGAGCCGCUGGUGCAGAAAUAUGUUAAUCUUCUUAUUGAACGGAUGCACGACAAGGCGAGUGAAGUAAAGGACGGUAAAAAGGGGGCGGAGUUUGAUAUCGGGCCCUGGUUCAACUUCACCACCUUUGAUAUCUUUGGAGAACUCGGCUUUGGCGAGUCGUUUGACUGUCUCCAAAACUCUCGGUACCAUCCGUGGAUCGCUCUACUUUUCAACAGCGUCAAGGCAGCCUCGUUUAUAUCGGCCACCAAAUUUUUCCCCCUGGUCACUUCCAUGCUUAUGAAAUGUAUACCCGAGUCUCUAAAGAAGAUGCAAAAGGAUCAUUUCCAGCAGAUUGUCGAUAAGGUGGACCGGCGUCUCAGCUGGGAACUUGACCGGCCUGACUUCAUGUCCCAUGUUAUCAAGGCGGAUGGAGGCACCAAGAUGCCAGUGGGAGAGAUCUACGCUACCUUCAUGGUGAUGACGACUGCUGGGAGCGAAACUACGGCCACGACGCUGAGCGGAACGAUGAAUCACCUUGUGGCAAAUCCGGAUAUACUUGCGAAACUCACCAAAGAGGUACGCAGCGCAUUCCAAAGCGAAAGCGACAUGAAGCUCGAUGCCCUUCAGGGCCUCGUAUACCUCAACGCCGUACUACGGGAAGGCCUGCGGCUUUGUCCGCCUGUCCCAUGGAUGUUGCCUAGAGUCGUCCCUCGCGGAGGUGAUACUGUCUGUGGAACUUUGUUACCUGAAGGUACUGCGGUAAGUAUCCAAGCUUACACUCUGAACCGCGACCCGUCAUUCUUCCACUCUGCAACAACCUUUAUCCCUGAGCGUUGGCUCCCAGAGGCCAGUGCCAACCCAAAGUCACCCUUCUUCAAAGACCAGCGGAACGCUGUUCAGCCGUUCAGCGUAGGACCAAGAGAAUGCCUAGGUCAGCACCUUGCAUGGGCAGAGCUGAGGCUUAUUCUCGCCAGAUUAGUCUGGGCCUUUGAUUUUGAAGCGGUAGAGGAAAAGAAACUCAAAUGGGAAGAGCUGAGGACGUUUCUUCUCGUUGAGAAGAAACCGAUCGAGCCUGUCAUCCUUCAUUGGUGCAUUUCUCCCCAUAUCAAACAUCCGACAUCUGCAUACAACCCAUGGCAAUACUGGGCGUAA